AUGGGCUUCCAGUAUCGGACCUUCAAGACAUGCGCUUUUGGCCGCUCGUCGGAGUGGUCGCUCGACAUCUGGCAGGUCGGCCUCACCUACCGCAUUCUGCAGCUGGUCGAUACGGCCGUGGCGUCUUGGCAUGCUCUGCGCGAUGUCGGCCUCACCUACCGCAUUCUGCAGCUGGCCGUGAUAGCCUACGUCCUAUGGGACUUGAUUGUGAGCAACAGCUAUGUCGUCUCAGAGGUACCGUCCGGGACUGUCAACGCCUGGUGCGACACGGGACGAGCCUCGUUCGCUGCGCUGCUCGCUGCGCGCAAUGCGACCAGCUUCGCUUAUUGCUCCAGCCCCGACCACGAUUUCAUGUACUCCGCAGAGUGGUCGUAUGUGCAGCCGGCCUGCCGGCCGCUGCAGCCAGACGAGAUUGUAACAAAGGGGGUUGGGUCGGUGCACUUCACCACCAACAUCAUCGAGACGAUCGAGUACGGCUGGCCGUGCGACGACGCGGACGCGGACGCGAUGAAGCGCGGCAAAUGUGAAGAGGGUGGCGGGUCCGUGGAGCAGUCUGGCAACCAAUGCAUCUGCGCUCUCUCAACCACCUUCUAUCCGAAAGGGAUCGAGGACCUGAAGCUCGCCUUCGAACACGAGUACCGCUCAACGGACAAGCUCUUCAACCCGAUCCUCAAGGGCUCGUCCUUCAACUCGGCGGCAGAGCACAAGCUCGACACAGUUAUCAAGUAUCAGGCCGGCUCUAUCCAGAUCGACUGCGGCUCUUCUUGCGAAACCUCCUGCGAAGGCGACGACUGCAUCGCAGUCUGGCCGUCGGGCCAGGCCAUCGCGCUCAGCCUUGCAGACAUCCUCGCCCUGGCCGAGUCGGGCAUGGGCACCAUUGGGCUGGACGAGAUAAACACGAAGGUGUCGGGCGACCCUCGCAACGCCUCGGCGCACCCGCACGCGAGCGGUCGGGCUUGGUUCUGGAAGGAAAAUCGCGAUGUAGAUGUCGAGGUGAAGGUCAAGCACGUCGAGCUCGGCUGGUCCGGUCUCGGGCCGCUCUACUCGUACCAAGAGCCUCCAGAGCUCGACGGCCCGGUCGAGUCGUACACACGGCUGACGAGGUACCGACAGGGCGUCCUAAUCGACUUCAGGGCGGCGGGGUACCUGUACGGCUUCGACUUCACGCACCUGAUGCUGCUCCUCGUUGAAGGGACGCCCGCCGUCUCCGCUCGCUGCUCCUAUGAGCGGAUGGCCCUCUUCUCCCUCGCCGCGUUCGCCAUCGACACGGUGGUCUUCGACCUCCUCCCGAACGGCGUCUCCGCCGUUCUAUCGAACAAGCGCGCCGAGCGGAUCAGCCGCCAGCAAACCUUUGCACAGAUGGCGCUCCGAUCGGCGCUGGGUGCGCUCUGGUUUCGCUCGCUCGACAAGGACGCCUCGGGCUACGUCACCGACCUUGCCGGGGUGUUUGGGCUCAUCGAGGCGGUCGACAAGGAGCACGCGCUUGAGAUGGCGCAGACGGUGCUUCGCGCUGCCAACCAGGGCGACGCCAACCAGGGCGAGGAGGGGGUGGCGCCUGCCGUACCUGCGCUGGAUGCUUAUCAUUUUGGCACUCAACUGAUAGGCGAGGGGCGCCUCUCGUACGAGGCCUUUAUGUCGUGCCUGGAGGGCAGCGGUUCGCUUGGCUUCGCCCAGUUUGUCAAGCUUGUCCACCUGACGGGGCGUGGCAAGCACGUACGCGACGACGUCAAGGAACGCGUGUCCGAGGCGUACGACCGCGCGUCGGAGCGUGCGGCGUCCCUUCGCGCCAGCUCUUUGCGUGCGGGCUCGUGGCUGAGCCACGGGCUUAGCAGCCGGUCGGCGCCGACGGAGGAGGAGCCGCCGCCGAGGACGAGUGGACCGCCCGGACGGGAUGAGAGGCCGACACCGAGCCCCCGGAAAACGACGGACGGCCCCGGCGCGGGCGAGGGGGCAGAUAGCAUGCGCAGCGAGCUCGCAAGGUUCGAGCAGGAGUCGAAGGACGAGCUCGCCAAGGGCUCCGACGAGGACGCAAGCCGCGCGGAGGAGGGCGGGAACGGGAGCGGACCGCGCCGGCAGAGCUCUGCGGCGCGACCAAAGCAGCCCCCUUCCGCCGGCGAGCCCACACAGAUGAUAUGA